AUUUAUAGCACUUAAGUGUACUGUCGUAGAUGCCGUACUAUUGAGAAUUUAAUCCUUGAAACAAUUUGCUCAGAAUCAAAGAAAAAGCUGGACUCAAAUAUGACUUUUAAUUUCAGUUUUUUUCUCUAUUUUAUUUUCACAUCAACGAUUUCUGCAAGGAUGCAUGAAUACAAAGGUUUAUAUUGCUAUCAUGACAUCUUGAAUUUUGCGCAGAGUAGUGAAAGUUGUGAAUUUGACAUCACGGAUAUGCGUAUAAAAAUGCAAGGAAAUUCAGCAACAUGCAGCGAUAAAUGCAUGUUACUAUCAACGGAUUUGCAUAUUUAUCAAAGCUUUAACUUUCGAGUUACCAACAUUUCUGUGACAUUACAUAUCAACAGGGUUAAGUAUACAUUCAAUCUUGAAUCGCAUCAUUGUUCUGAAAAAGAAAUCAACGAAAUGAGAUUGGAUAUUGCUUGUGGUUCUCCAAUUCGCUCAGGUGAAUCUUUUAAUGCCUGUACCAAAGAGGUUGCAUGCCUCGAUGACAGAGCAGAAUGUCAGUAUCUUACCAAUGGCGGACAGGGACGUUGCGUUUGUAAAGAUGAUAGUAUGCUGAUCAAAAGUCACGUUUGUAACUGCAAAGAGGGAAAAAUCAGAUACAAAGACACGUGUUUAGAUGGCAAAAGGCGACUUGGCGAGAGUUGCUCUUUAAGUAUACAAUGUUCUGGAAGCGAAAAUGCUGGAAAGUGUAAAAACUCAGAAUUAUUUGGAAACUUUAUCCAAGAGAAAUCAUGCCAAUGCGACGAUAACUUCCUACCGGUGCUAGGACUCUGUCUUCCGGGUAAUUUAUCAGUAGGAAAUGAAUGCUACCUUUCACCACAGUGUUCCAGUACAAGACAUGCAGAUCGAUGUGUUGAUGGAUAUUGUCACUGUCAAGAAGGAUUCCUUCUAAAGGAACAAAGGUGCUUACCUGGUACACUGCUUCUUGGAGAUAGCUGUGAAUUUAAUGAACAGUGCAGUGGUACAAAAAAUGCUGGAAGCUGCAAAUAUGCAGGAAGUGUAAAUUUUACAGUUAGUAAACAAUGCAAUUGUGAUGAGGGUUAUUCAAAUUUUCGUGGAGACUGUCUUCCAGGCAAUUUAUCUGUUGGUCAGGAAUGUUUUCGCUCUCCGCAGUGCACUAAUGCAGAUCCUGCUGUACGAUGUGUUGAUGGUCACUGUCUCUGUAUGGAGGGAUAUCAAAUGAGGGAACGGAAAUGUGUCGAUGACCCAAAUAAAGAAAACGCAAAGAAACAAAAAGUUGUUUUCAAGAAAAUUUGGAAGCGUUCGAACAGAUAUCGCAAUACGCCUAUCCUGCAGAAUGGAAGCAAUUUAGCACUCCAAAAUGUAUUGUACAAGCAUUCCGAAAGAGCCGUUUGCGUCGGUGAAUCACAGAUUCAAAUUCAAAAAAUCCGGGAAAAUAGUGAAUACAAUAAUGAUCCAUAUUCAUGCAUCGAAGAGACAUAUAAUCAUCUAAAUGAUAACACCGAUUUAACGCCAAAUAAUGAAUUGUACGACUUUGCAGGACAUAUAGAGAUUGACAAGUCAGAAGAUACGUACAGCUUAGCAAAGGGUAAUGACUAG